AUGUCGUCUCUGAGAUUUGGGUCGAUCCCAAAGAUCGGUCGAUCUGAGGAGAAGAGCGUGUCAUCAAAAACCAACCCCUCAAAAUCAACAAAUGCAAGAGGACAAGGUUCUGUGGAUAAUUGGACCGGUCCUGCUGUCAAGAGUGCCCGGCCAGACAUGGACACCUCUAGGUUUCAGACACCCGGUGUGCCAAGCUCAAGCAGAAUACCUCCGGGACCAGCCAGGAAACCGCAGCCUAGGCAAGGGAGCUCACGGCCACCAUUAACACACCAGGACAAAUCUUGGGGAUCCAGUUCUACUCAAACUAUAAUAUCUGGCCCUGCCAGGUCAACCUCUGAAUCCAUCCCCGUUCCUUCCACUACGCCCGUGGAGGAAAAGAAGCGACCCGUCCGAAACGUUUUGCGAAGAAGGUCUUCAAACAUGAUCCAAGAGGCCGUUGAACAUCGCAAAGAAAUCAGGAUUGUCCCGCAAAGGAACGACUCUGCUUCCUCUGUACCUCGCUCUGUAAUGUCACCAGAAUCUUUCACCAGCUCACAAUACGAUCGGAGCAUCACCGAGUCGCCUGCCGAGAUCCAAGUUGCGAUGCGGGUCGAGCUCCCGACCACAAACGCCCAGACAGUACGCAUCUACCCAGAGUUGGAUCGUUAUGGAGGCGCAAGGCCAUACCAUGCAGGUACCGGUUCUUCGAUAGAAGUUCCCUAUCCCCUUUCCACUCACGAUCUCCCGCCACCUACGCCUCUCUUCUCUGGAACCAGCAGCCAAAUCAGCGGGUAUAGCGGCAGCCCUUCUACUGGAUUCUCUGGCUCUCCUGGUAUUUGUCCAUACAGCAGGGACACCACUCCCACGACCUCAAUUCCGUCGCAGUCGCCGGCGCUCGUUGCACCAGGGCGAUUUGCUGCCACUAAAAUGAAGCAGAACAGUCCCGCUAGCGGUCAGAGUUCCAGGCCGCCAGUCACACGGAGGAGAGCUGGAAGCAUACCGAACGAAGCUAGUGGUGCGGCGGGCGCUGACCCUCAUGGCCUUGCAGUCGUCAGGGAGGCACUCAACUCAUCAUCAUCAGGCUCGACAGUCCGCGGUGGCGACAGAAAAGCUGAACUUGAACCAGAGCCCGAAGGCGGAAAGAGGGCCAGAAGAAGACUCGGCACGGUACCGCCUAGUCCUCCUCCUAGAACUUCAUCCGAGAAACACAAGGACAGGGGGCCGGAGGCGUCUCCUUCAAAGCAAGCUCGUCAGCCCGCACCACUAAUGAUGACCUCACAGACAACGGAAGGACGUGCGCAGAAACCAACUGUCAGCAGGAUACAGCCCCCUAGCCCUUCUGUUCUGCCAAGGGCAACACCUCCGAUCAGGCCGAGUCGAGAUGGAACUCCGGAUUUGCUUUCGCAGUAUGGAAUGCCCAUGCCCAUUAUUCAAAGCAAUCUCUCGUCGACUUCGAUCGGGGAGAGACGCCAGAGUCUUCCUAUGAGCCCUGGAGCCAACACCAUUGCCAGCCCGAGAUACCAGGGUGCCAGAUCUGCGACACCUUCGCAGCUGCCACCACCAUCCAAACUUCCCCAUGGACGCGAGCCCACCCCUGCACCCCGGACUGUUGAGACUCGCAGACCCAGCCAUGGAUCGGCGACCAGCCGGAGUCCUAGCCCCGGCAUCACCAACUUCAGGACGCGAUUUCUCUUCGGGCGACGGAAGACUGCAGGUGAUGAACCCUCAAAGACAUCCGAAAAGGCCACCGAAAAGAAGGAAAAGCCUCUUAGAAAAGGGCCUGCUGCCGGCACGGGACACGAAGGUUAUGGGCGUGUCGGCAUGCCCCACAGGCGCCGCAGCAGCCUCAGCCGCGGGAUUGCCGGCACAAUGUCCUCGCAAGAAAGCCUGGAGAGCAGGUUGUCCGACGAUCCGUUUCUGCAGGAACGUACCAAGCCCGUCGUGAUCGCUGGUGGUGAGGUUGUUCAGAACAACAACAUUGGAUCCGCGAAAAGUGACCAGAAUCUGCCGGCAGGUGCCUCGAGAAACAUGUCAGAUAUCUCGCUUUCAUCUCAAGGGGACCGUAAUACAUUGUGGCCAUCACCCUUUCCCAAAGCUUCAACCACCGCUGGCCGCCGUCAAUCAGACGUCAGUGACUCCGAGGGACCAGCCUUGGAAAUGAGAUCUACGCUGGCCUAUAGAAGGUCAAUGCAAAAGCUCAAAGACGGCGGAGACCAGUCGGCCUUGAGACUUCCGAAGCCCAUCAACACUCGAUCGCCACGAGAGAUUACUUCGCCAACCAUGACCAGCCAUGACACGAGCAUUCUAUCAGACGACAGUAUAAUCGAAAUGACUACUGGCCGUGUGUUGCAGGGACCAAGGGCAACGCCAUCAGCCUCCGUUGGGCCCAAGAAACUGACCAAGAGAGCCAGAUCGCCACGCAAGUGGAAUAUCUUUGGGCGCUCAAGCAGCCAAGUACCGUCCACUACCAGCAGGGAACCAACCCCAGUGGAGUCCCGCAAGGUGACUGCCCAAGUGCAGGUCAAGCCUGCCCCGAAAGCCAAGGCGUUCUAUACUAUGGACAUGUCGGAGCAGGAAGACAACGGUGACCCCGCCGCUGCGGCGCAAAAAGCCCUAUUGGAGGCACAGUUACUCGAGUCACCCCCUCAACAGCCGGUGCAGCCUCAGCCACCAACGCACCCGCACAUACCACCGAUGGGUAGGCGCCAAUCUGUACGCAGAUCAGUCACGAGCCCCAUGGAGUCUAGGCGCGGCGGCCUUGAUGAAGUACCUGCCCAGACGGGGGCUUCUAAGCUCCCAAUGGGCCCAGGGAAGCGUGCUUCGCUCACCAAGUCAAAACCCUCCGAGAUUGCUCCCCGCGGUGGCGUAGUCUCGCCGCAACUGCGAUCUCCACCGACAACUAUACCUGCAUACAGACGGACCUCUGUCAAUAGAGCCGUUUCAGCUGACCAAGAUGCGAAGCGCGGUGGACUUGUUGACCCCGCAUUCCAAGUACAGAAGCCACAGCAAACAUCCAAGGCCGAGAGAUACACCACCCCAACUCAGGAGUCUCCAGCGCCAUCGACCGAACCAGCUAUUUUGGACCAGCAACCGGCGACAAGGAGAGCCGGUCGACCCAGCCGCUUGCCCCAGGUUGGCCGAAUCCCCAAGGUGGUCAGCGCCCGACCUGAGCCCACAUCGCCAAAGAGCUUCUCGCGCCCGUUCCAUCGGAUCAGUCUCCUGCCACCGUCCCGCGACGAAACGGGGGACAUCACCUCGAUAGCAAAGGGACCAAGUCCGCCCAAGACCGCAAGUCCCGAGCCAGAGCCUGCCGAGUGCUUCUCGGACGAAGAAAUGGAGACAACGACUGUGCACGAUACUCAGGCCGUGACUAACUCUCCCCAGCGCCUCUCGCGAGAGAUGACACCUGAUAUUGGCAAGUUCAUCAACGACUUUCUCUCGUUCCCGCCGCGCAAAAACUCGCACUCGACAUCAUGUACUACCACCUCCUCGAGCUCCAACGGCAUGUAUUGCUACGCAGAUGCUACCGCUGUGGUACCGGCUCCCAAUGCACCCCUUGCCGAGGACGAGGUUUGGCUGGAGUAUGACGACUUGAUCGGCGAGGAAGGCCUCAGAGUCCCAGCCUCCCCAAGCUCGUCUCAUGGCACGCCUUUCCAUCUGGAAGAAUACGCCGCAAGUUUGACGAAGCCGGGCGGAGAGCAGUUGGAGUCUCCUACUUUCAGUCCUCAUCCAGCCCCACAUGUAGAGAUGAAGGACGAUGCUAGGGAAGACAAACACGAGAAGGAGCCAAUUCCUUCAAGCAUCUACAGCACCGACGAGACGAAUAUUUUGAACGAGGCUUUGGAGAUGGGAAUCAUUCCGAUUUCGUCCCCUUUUGUCACUCAAGACUUCAAUGAUUACAACGAGGCCGGCAGGCAGAAGCAAACCCUGCCACCCAGGCCACAGGCUGUUGCCGCUGACACGGCUGCGGUAUCAAGCGCAUCGACUCGUGCUGCUGCCGCCCAACGCAGCGGCGCGUCAUCUUCGGUCAGCGACAGCCCCCGCCGCAGGAACAAUAAGCGCGUAUCGGUCUCGAGCGGCUCGAGCGGCCUCAGCGACGACAACUCGCCCUUGUCACAGGUUAAUCUGCGCGUUGGCUCGAUGACGGUGAGCAAAUGGCUCACGUUUGGCCACGUACUGUUCAGCCCCGUGCGUGACGAGCUCGUCCCCGUUGAUGGGUCCCUAAAGCGGCAUUCAAUCCUCGUCAUAGAUGGCCUCGGCAACGACGACUGGUCCUUUUACGCAGCCGAAACGUACCCCGAGGCCACCUUUUUCAACCUGUCGCCCCGGGCUCCGCUACCCAAGCCAUCGCAGAAGAACGCCGAAGGCAGUUUUCCUCUUAGCCCGCCGAAUCACCAUCAGAUCCAGUACAAGUCACACAUGGACAAGUUUCCGUUUGGCGCCGAGAGCUUCAUUGCGGUUGUUUUCCGAUUCCCAGCUGCAGCACCCGAGGCGGCCUUCAGGAACAUUGUGGCGGAGGCGCACCGAGUGCUCAAGCCGGGUGGGUUCAUUGAGCUGUCGAUUCUGGACCUGGACCUAAACAACAUGGGCAACCGGUCGCGGCGGAUGGUCCGGCGCCUCAAGGAGCGCAUCCACGCCGUUGCCCCAGAGACGUGUCUUAGCAGCACGGCGGAUCUGCUGCUCAAGCUGGUCGGUCGCAAGGGUUUCGUCGACAUCAAGUCGUGCCGGGUCGGCGUGCCCGUUGCUUCGGCGACUCCCGGGGGCCCACCGACAGCAUCCAACAAGGCGAAGAACAGGCGAAAGGACGAGCGUUCCCUCGCCGAGAUGAUAUCGGAUGACGGCCCCGUGGCGGACGAGAGCAUCACCAAGAUGGUGGCCAAGGUGGGCCGUUGGUGGUUCAGCCGCUGCUACGAGAACGGAGUGCUCGGUGCCAACAGCAUGUGGAACGACCGGUGCCUGUUGGGCGAGUGCGAGGAGUGGGGGACGAGCCUCAAGCUGAUGGUUUGUCAUGCCCGGGUCCCCGACGCAAGGACGAGAGUUGCGAGUAUUUGA